ACGUGACCCGCGGCCCCGCCACCGUCGCCCGCCUUAAAAGCUACACCGCUUGCCCCGCGCCCAGGGCCCAACUCCAAGCGGUCCGGGCCGUGACCACUUUCCACAGCGAGUCCGCGCGCGGGCGCCCCUCGGACAGGAACGCCGGCCGGCGCCCGGGGACCGAUGCCCAGGCUGGACGACCACUGCUGGAGCUGUUCCUGUGCUCAGGGCGCCAGGCACCGGAGCCUCCCGCGAGCCGGGCCCGGAGGGCUGGCGGCCAAAGUGGGGGACAUGCUCGGCCCCGCGUCGUCCAGCCUGGGCAUCGCGCGGGUCAGGUGCGGGGGCGCCCGGCCGCUGUCAGCUGCGGGCGGGCGCGCGCGCCCGGUGCGCUCCCCCGGCCGUGCGCGUAGAAAGACCCGGCCGAUCCGGGCCCAGAAGAGCGCUUGGUGCUUCUGCAGUCACGCGGCGCCCGUCGGCCGGCAGACACUCGCCAGGUGCGGGCCGCGGCCUCCGCUGAACCCGCCCCUGCCCUCGGCGCAGGGGCCCCGCUCUGGUGCGCAGAGCAAAGCUGUUGUCGGCUUGCUGUACCCGUGCAUCGACAGUCACCUUGGGGAACCCCACAAGUUCAAGAGAGAGUGGGCCAGCGUAAUGCGCUGCGUAGCGGUUUUCGUUGGCAUCAACCACGCCAGUGCUAAACUGGAUUUUGCCAAUAACGUGCAGCUCUCCUUGACGUUAGCAGCGCUGUCUCUGGGCCUGUGGUGGACGUUCGACCGGUCAAGAAGCGGCCUCGGGCUUGGGAUCACCAUCGCCUUCCUGGCCACGCUGAUCACUCAGCUGCUGGUGUAUAACGGCGUCUAUCAGUACACGUCCCCGGAUUUCCUCUACAUCCGCUCCUGGCUGCCCUGUAUAUUUUUCUCAGGAGGCGUCACCGUGGGUAACAUAGGACGCCAGCUGGCUAUGGGUGUUCCCGAGAAGCCACACAGCGACUGAGUCUCAAAAGCCACUGAAGAAAAGCGCGAUUUGGGAAGAAAACCUGUGACCUUGGAUUGUGACAAAGAUGAUCUUUCUCCUCCGUGAUCUGUUUAGAUUGGGUGACUGUCCCCGUGACUCCCGGAAAAAGAAGUCCCCUGUUCCAGAGCGGCAAGCGAGGGGAACCGCCGAUGUCCAAGCGGACCUGCGCCACACGCCCGUGCCUGCGUCCGCUCCGACGGGGCGGGGGUUCAGGCAGGCACGGCUUCCCGAGUAUUCGAUCUCAUUUAUGUUAUUAAAAGCAAGUUGCCAUAUUUCAAAGCCUUGAACUAAAGCCUAAUUACCAGCUCUUGGUUUCGUAUCCGUGCCCACAAGGGAUAGCUUGAUGGUGCUUUAACAAAGGUGAAGUGUGGUCUGAUAGGAACCGUAUUUAUCCAAGAGAUUUUUUUUUUUAAAUAGGGUUGUGUAAAAAGAGAAGCGGCCGGGAGGCCCGCUCCCGCGGUCGCGGCGCGGAGACCCUUCGCGCCCUCGUUCCCCCCGUGGAGCCCUGUGUAGACAAUCUCACCGAGCGCAGAAGGCAGCGAAGGCCGCGGCUCUCCACUGUGACCUGCUGGAAUUCUCACCUCCGUAUUUGCGAAGUUUCAUCCCAAAUCCACAAUCCUCUAAGAGGGAACGCCUGUCUGCCGUGUAUUCUUAGCCAGAAUUGUCUGUCGUUUCUUUAAUCCUCCAGAGCAGAGAUGACGAUUUUUCCGCAGCCCUAUGGAAUUUGCAAUCUGUGAUUGCCUUGUAAAAAGAACCGUGCACAUAUCACCACGUUGAACAUUUGGUGUUUCUAAAUACUCAAAGAUCUCGGUGAGCACAAUGUAUUCACUUAAUGGCAUAGACCAUAGUAGACCCGCUUGGCGAGGGUUGGGUCUCACACUUCAAGUGCAAUGUAUCUGAAAACCAAUCUGAGCCUUGUAUUCUCUUAAAUAUUUAUUUUCUUUUUUUUAACGUAUGAGAUGUUAAAGAGGGAUUCUCCAUUCAUUUCAGUGCUGCAUGGAGGCAAAAUUCAGCAAUAAUUUCUUUCAGUUAUGAAGUUACUCUGUUGUGCCCUCCACUGAGCCCUGGUCCUUUGAAAUACUCCAGUUUUGUGGGUUUAGUAGACUUGUAAUUUUUACUGACAAAUUUACCUUUUUUGUAUUUUGCAAUUUAAAUGUUUUUGUUUUAAAUUUUUUGUGAAGCGAUUUCAUGAAGAAACUCCUUUUGACUAGACGCAGGCAGUCGGCGGGACGGGGGUCGGCGCCCCUGGCGCCUGUGGCCACGUGUGCUUGGCCUCGUCCGCGCGAUGGGUUUGUGGUUCCUUUGUUCUGCGAAAAACGCCUUGGAGUAAAUUUUAGGUGGCUGUGUAGCUGAUUUGUUUUCAAGGAAUUUUGUCUAAAAGAAAACGGGGUCAUUCCGCACCUCGAAAUGACCCCUGCGCGUUUUCUGAAAAACCAGAAGUUAUUAGGUGAGAGCAGUAAUUGAAUCUUUAAAAUAUACUUGAUCAUGUACAAACAAUAAGUAUUUUUUUUCUCUUAAACUGGAAGUAAAUCUCUGUUAGAAAUAAUGUAGCCAAAAAAAUGUGAAUCCGAAGAAUUUUUUUGCCAAUACUUUAUAGCAAGUAUAUGAACCAAAGUGAUUUGAGUUUGUAAAAAUGUAAAAUACUAUGAACAAAAUUUGCACUAUCUGAGAUAUGGACAUCUAGUGAGGUUCACAUUCGCACUAAGUUUUCAGCGUUGUGUUCUUUUUCCAUUCGUUUGUUACUUUUAUUAAAGGUUCAAAACCAAC